UGUCUUCAGCUUUCUCGCCAACUAGGACCAUUGCCACUCGCCCGGUUCUCAUCCCAAGCCGACAAGCCUCAAGAUGAGAGCCAGAAACAAGAGGAAUCAACUAAAAAUGAAGAAUUGAAAAAAGAAGAGCCCGCGCCCGAGAAGGAGCUGGGCCCAAUGGCUCGACGAUUAGAGGAAGCCACCGAGGAAGCCCUGUUCACCGGCGGAAGAGCGGGACGUCGAGCAGUCGAGGACGCAGGCUUCUCGGAGGAGUUGAAGGAGAGACUCUUGAGCAAGAUUGCCGAUGCCAAGUUCAAGUCGGAGCAUGCGGGCGCCUUUACGGAGGCUGGUCUGUCGUCAUCAGCGGGCGAGGGCACGAGACACAUUGCUUCGGCGCAGGCUUGGACGGGGGAGGAGAACACGGCCGAUACGGUGCUCAGGAUGCUGGAUGACGUAAAAAAGCCGCUUGCUCCUGGUCUUAGGGGCAAGUAUCAGCCGCCGCCGGUGGAUAUGCGGCUUCAAAGGGAGCCUACUCGGUCACCGGGACAAAAGGUUGCCACGGCAAGGGAUAGGGUGUCUACAUAUGUCGGCAUGGGAGCGAAGGAUAAGUCCAAGAACGGUAUGAGCGAAGAGGAGAAGGAGGCUUGGCGAAAAGAGCUGCGGGAGAGGUUUGAGCCUGGGGCGAGGGCACUGCCAAACACCAUCAGCGGGCUAGCGGCGCUUGCCAACGAGCGCAUCGAGAACGCCAUCGCUCGGGGUCAAUUCAAGAACAUUCCUCGAGGCAAAGGCGUUGAAAGGGAUGCGAGGGCCGAUAAUCCGUUCAUCGACACGACAGAGUACAUCAUGAACAAGAUGAUUCAGCGACAGGACAUGGUACCCCCAUGGAUCGAGAAGCAGCAGGAGCUCGUCAAGGCUGCUGGCGCGUUUCGGGCGAGGUUGAGGAAUGACUGGCGGAGACAUGUGGCGAGGAUGAUUUCUUCGAGGGGCGGUUCGUUGCAGGAGCAGAUGCGGAGGGCGGAGGAGUACGCUGCCGCCGAGGAGGUUCACAACCCGAUUGCGCGGAAGAAGGCUGAAGAAGAGGGCAUCAAGGAAACCCCGCAAGUUGUGGGAAGACCGUUCCGUGAUGCAGCAUGGGAACAGGCCGAGCACGCAUAUCACAAGCUCACGGUUGAGCAUCUCAACACUUUGGCGCGGAGCUACAACCUCAUGGCGCCGGACUUGGCAAAGAAGCCUUAUUAUGCUCUCGAGCGGGAGCUCAACUCUUGCUUUGCUGAUGUGGCGCCUACGGUGGCUCGCGAGAUUCGAGACCGCGCGGCGGGUGGAACAGCAAGAUCGCUUGGGGGUACUGGUCAGAGGGCCAAGCAGACAGGGCUACUUGAAUCGCUGGCCGGGAGGGGGGACAAUGUCAGGGUACACGUCGAGGCGGAGGAAAAGGCGUAUGGACUGAAGCAGUGGUGGAGGGAUGUGUGGAAGAAGGACUGA